GACAUGGGUGGCACUAAUAUUCUUGGCGCAUUAUCCUGGAUUUUCAAGCAACCAGUGCAUCGAGGUUACCCUCGACAGCUCUUUAUUUUGACGGAUGCCUCAGUGAAGCAUGCUGGGAAGAUUAUCGAGCUGGUGCGAAAAAAUGCUAAUUCUGCAAGAUGUUUCAGUUAUGGGCUGGGACCUAAUGCCUGCAAACGGUUGUUGCGUGGCGUUGCGAAGGUUACAGGAGGAACUGUUGAAUUUUUCAAUGAAGGUGAACGACUACAACCAAAAUUAAUGAAAUCGUUAAAGAAAGCUAUUGAGCCUGCUGUGAGUGACAUUACCAUUGAAUGGUAUCUCCCAGAUACUUUAGAAGUUCUCCUUUCUCCAAGUGACAUUGGACCUUUGUAUCCAGGUGAUCAUUUCAAUGGGUACGGUGUCAUUUAUGAUCUUUCUGGAUUUCAGAGGAAGAAGAAUGUGGUGAAGCAGCACAUCUCUAAAACAGCAAUAAAAGGGUCAACCAAUUCAAUUUUUCAGGCUCAAGAUGAGUCUUCUACAUCAGCCCUGACUGAUGGAAUCAAACCAUCUUUCCCUGUUGAAAAGAAUGACAUUGAGCAAGCCUUAAAGGAGAUUUCCCGUGAGAUUUCAAUAGAGUUUUCAGGUUCUAAUGCCGAGGAGAAUGAAAAUUGUAAAGACUCAGAGACUGAUCCAUUUAAUGACUUACGGAGGCGUAUAUCCCAUUCUUCAUACAUCCAGGAACAAUAUAAACUGACACACUGUUCCAUCUGCAGUGAUAAAGGAAUUGGGGUGCAAAAUGCACCUUCCCAUGGCUCAAGUAACAGUGACUCUACAGAGCUUGACAGGGGAACAACAUCCCUCCCAUAUGGUUUGGAAAAUAUUGCACAUCAUGGACAGAAAGGUUUGCUGCGCUGGGAAUCACCGAAAAAAGCAGCAUCUAAUUUUGAAUUAGUUGACGAUAAAGACACUGUAAGCCAUGACCAUUCUGCGGAUGAAGCAAGAAGAAAAAGAAAACUGAUAGCACAAGCAGCUUUGUCUGGCCGCAGUUUCUCUUCGCCAAAUGGUCAGCUGGAUAUGCGUCAUCUACGCAAGGCCUUGGAGAAGGUUUCCACAGACCAGAUUCUAAAUUGGUCUGUUGGGGGAAGAAUAAAUGAUAUUGGUUGUGAAUCCCAACAAUUUCAAGCUGAUGCUUUCUCCAGGAGGAACCUCAAUGAUUCCAACACCUUACUGUUCCAAAUGCCCACUCCUGACUGGGACACUUUUUUUGAUCCUGAGAAUCUUUUCUCCCCAGCGGCCCCAGAGGAUCUGGGUUUAAGUGAAGUGAAUGAUGCGCCCAUAAUGCAGUGUAAAUCAGUGAUUCAUGGCUUGAUCUGUGGGAAAUCAGUGACCUGGGAGGUAGUAGCUAACCUUUCCUCCCUCUACCAUGCACCGUCAGAACAGGAAUCAACACAAGUCAUUGAAAAUCCAUGGGAUGAGAUCCUCCAUCAGCUAACUGCACGAUCAGUCAUCAGAGACUUUGAAAAUAUGGCUGAGAAAGAGAGUGAAAUUGAAUAUGGAUCAUCUAGAAGAUAUCGCCUGAAAACCAUUCAGACAAGCAGAGCAUGUAACAGCGUGUCCAAGUACACAACCAUCAUCCCGAUAAAUGCUGCCACACAGAAAUCUUUAGCAUCGUAUGUGGAAAUACGAAGUGCAGGAAGUAAAUUCAACCAAACUCGAGGUUCUUGCUCAGGAACCAAGCGGCAGAGAAGUUAUUCUGUUGGAUUGGGCCGAAGGCACUCAAGCCAAGAUUCUGAGGACUUAGAUGAGUUGCUCGUAUCAACAGAAAAAGAAGAAAUUCCAGCUUCUCCAACCAGCAUGGGCUCUUCCUCAUCCUCCGGGUGGGAAAGACAAAGUAUCAUAGAUGGUAUAUAAUCUGCUUAUCUUCAAGGAAUGUUUUGGCAGUACUCACACUUAUUCCCUGUCAGAUCUUUACAAAAUUGAGCCACCUACUAAAAUAUUACAUGGAAAUGUUGCAAAUGCACUGAAAUUGAUUGAACACACUUGAAAACAAUGUAAAAUUUUGGUUUCUGUAAGAUCUAUGCUGUUGAUUUUAGAAUAUUUGUCUCUUUUCAUGGUCUACUAUGCUGCAGC